UUGCGCAAGUCACGUUAGCUCGCGUUCCAGAGAUUUCUUCCAAAACACACACACGAGGACUAUUCUGUGAACCUUGACAAUAGUCGACAACAGCGGUGUCUUGUGAUCCACGGAGGUUCUUCAUUUUGGACGGCCUGUCUGAGCCACAGUCAUGGUGUGCAUUCCCUGUAUUGUGAUUCCUGUCCUGUUGUGGGUCUACAAGAGGUUCCUGGAGCCUUUCCUCUAUCCUUUCAUUUCACCCAUCAUUAAUACAUUCUGGACCAAAAAAGCAGUCCAGGAGACAGGCGCUAGUGACCAAAAAGUUAGUGAAAAGUGUAAUGGGACAGACAAGCCUGAAAGCAAUGGUGAGGCCACUGCCAACGGAUCUACUAUAGCAGCGGAUAAGAAGACGGACUGACACCUCUAUUUGAUUAUAAUGCAGCUACAACAGUGUAAAUAUUUGAUAUAAUAUAGAAACUAUAAAUUAA